UCUGUUGGAACAGUCGUACGUCGAGUUGUCACAGUCAAAGUGGCGAGAGUUAGUCUUAUCAGGAGGACGUGGUGCCAGUCUGUUCCGUCGCGAUUGUUAGAACUUCAGUUUAUAAGUCAUUCUUUAAAUAUUCAAAUAUUUUAUUUAAGUCGUUUUUUAAAUAUUUUUUAUCUUUAUCAUUUUCCGGAGACAGUAAACCAUAAAUUUACAGUUGUCCUCAAUUUUUUCCACGAGACUCUGAAUAUUGAAUGCUAAGACGUUCCGACGUUUCAGUGGAAUUGAAAAAUUCAGAAAGAAAAAUUGUUAAGUGCUGGUCUGUCAGCUGUGCGACAGCUGCCGACACUGGGAAGCUCGUUCUCGGGGCCUUACCUGAAAAUAACCAACGUUGAAACUCAAAACGAGAGUCUUCACCCAGCAGUCGAUCUGAAUACAUCGAUAGCUCGAUUAUUCACGACAAAAUAUUCAAGUGAACCUAAUCAUAUCUUCCAGACAACUCAGCUCAUGAGUUUAAAUUGCGUCACAAGUUCUGAUAGAAUCGAAAUAUCUAAUACUCGGUUAUUAAAUAAAAAUACUGUUGACAUUCCAAUAGACGAGUUUCAAAAAAUAUAUUAUCACAAAGACCUCGAGAUAACGGAACCAUAACUCGUAAAAAUGCAGUUGACAAAUAUGAGUUAAGCCUCGACCUAUUGAUCACUCGUUGCGCGGUAAUUUCAAUAAUUACUAUCGAAGAUGUGCUGAUGAAUCGAGGACGUAUCGAUCCCCCGACAACAAUCGUCACAAACCGAGUUAAAUAAUGAAUCCGGUAACACUUCAACCACCAAAAUUAAACAAUAAAAAUAGCGCCGACUGAUCCGCGCGAUCUUAAUGUCAUCAAUUCGGUUAUCGAUCGAUCAUUGAUUUCCGGGGCAAAUCAUGAUUGGCUUUUGUGCUGCUUCCCCUUCUCUCGGUCGGAUUAUUUCGAUCCGUCUCUCGACUGUGCUCUCGAUUUUCAAGUCCGCGAAACAGUCGCACUGAGUCAGUCUUUCCCAGCCGAAUUGCUCCGGUGUCUCUUCACCCCACCGUCUGCGCCUGUUGCCGACUGCUGGCCGAUGUUGUGGACACCCACGAUGUGAUUAUCGCGAGUGAUUAUACUGACGAAUCGCCGUCGGCUUUCGGUGGACAAACUCACGCUGCUGUUGGUUCGAAGUUCAGUACUUUGACCGAUUCAUGUUCCGGUUAAACUCCAGAUAAUAAUAAUAUUCAAGAAAAUAGGGAUAACGAGCGAUUUUUAAUCACUGGCCGCAGUUAUCGGAUGGACAUCUUCGGAGAUGGAACUCUUAAAGUGUCUGGUGGCCGCGGUUGUCAUCGUCAUUGCGUGUGCGUUCGAGAGCCGGGACAAGUUCAGAUAUUAUGGGAAGUUUGUGCUUUAUGGGGUCUGGAGUUCAAUCGUCGCUGUCAUUAUGCUCCCGUGGAUUAUCCUCGAUUCACCCGGACACGUGAAGCACGCGAGACACGCCUCGAUACUUCUACGACUGUACACAAAACUAUUGGGCAUCGAGUGGGAACUCCGGGGUGUGGAGCAGAUUGAAAAAGUCGACGCAUGUGUGGUCGUGGUGAAUCAUCAGAGUAUAUUAGAUAUUUUAGGAUUAUUCAAUAUUUGGACAACGCUGGGCAAUUUAGCUGCAGUUGCAAAAAACGCGUUAUUCUGGGUUAUUCCCUUCGGUCCAAUUGCGUGGCUCGCUGGUACAGUAUUCAUUGAUCGUAAAAAUGGAAAAGCAUCGAUGGAAACACUAAUCACUGUUGUAGACAAAUCCCGGGGUCAAGCUACGAAGCUGUUAAUCUUCCCAGAAGGUACGAGGAAUAAAAAUAUUUUAUCUAAUGGAAUUCAACCGUUUAAAAAAGGCGCCUUCAAGAUUGCGAUUGAUAAUCGUUUACCGAUUCUACCACUUGUCUUUUCACCUUAUUAUUUCAUCGAUGAGAAGACAUGCUUUUUUGGGCACGGGAGGGUGAUAAUCAAUGCCCUGGAGCCCAUUUCGACGGAGAAUCUGGGCCCUCUAGACGUGGAGGAAUUGACAAAAAAGACGCACUCAGUAAUGCAAAAAGAGUUUGAAUCUCUGACGAAAGAAGUGCUGUCAACGGUCCGGCAGGACUACCCAGCAAACGUUCAGUGGCUUCAAGAGCACUUAAAAGCCAGGAAUAGCUGAUAAAUCAUAAACUCAGGGUCAAAUCCCCAGGAGUUAAGAGGAUCGAAUCCCCAAUUUUUAGAAACUCUUAUUUUUUGUAAUUUAAAUGUCUUUAAUUGCGUUUCGAAUUACAUUUACAGUCUCUGGUUGUACAUA